UUCAUGAGCGCACAGGACUUCACCUUCCACAGAAGCGCCGGGUGUUUUCCUGUGGGAAACUGCGAUCUGUUGUUUAUUGUGAAAGGAAGCGUCAAUAUAUUCAUAAUAAAAUAAGUCAAUACACGAAAUGCACUUUUAAGCUGUAGCUGUAACUGUACCGAGGACACGGUUAAACAAUGGCGUCCUCCUUCGCAGUGUGCAGGUGUCAGGUGAGAGGUGGAGGCAGGCUGCUGAGGACAUCCCUGAAGCUCCACACGUCUCUGCACACCAGCGCCGGGACAAACGUUGUCGCUGCGCGGGAAGAAAGAGCCCGCAAAGACGUGACAGGUCAGCGUAUGAAACAUACAGAUGAAAAGGAUGGACACAAGUCGUUGUAUGCCCUCCAGGCUGAGAGACAAGGACAGGCAGAGAGAUCUGUCCUCAUCAGCUACCACUCCAGAAUCAACGAGAAAAAGUUCCUCAAGUAUCUAUCAAAACAUGGAGAUAUCAACAAAUACUUCUUUUAUGAAAGCUAUGGAAUUUAUGCCGUAGUGGAGUUUGGCAGUCGGGAAGGUGUCGCAUCUUUACUUGAAGAAGCAGCCAUCCCCAGCGUCAACCAUGAAGCCAUGGUGCCUUUUAAAUCGAGACUGCUGUCGCUGAGGAACCUCGGCUCAGCGGACUCACCAAAUCAGCAAUCAGGCCCACAAUGCCAGCCACAAACCACUGUUCCCAUCAACCAGCUCAUACAGACACUAUCCAAAGAGGGGAGUAUAGACCAGCAGGUAACCUCCCUGACAGAAGCCUAUCAGCUAACAGAGGAGAACAGCCGGCUGCGUUUCCUCGUCUGCUCUCUGCUCAAGGACAUUGCUGCUGCUUAUUUCCCAGAAUGCACCGUCAGGCCAUUUGGCUCAUCAGUGAACGGCUUCGGAAAGCUUGGCUGUGACCUGGACAUGAUUCUGGAUCUGGAUGGCAUCAGUGGGAGAAAAACAAAGAUGCCAAGAUCAGGUCUGUCUCUGGAGUACCAGCUGAAGAGGGCCAACUCUGAGCGGUCUGCCACGCAGAGCAUCCUGUCUGUCAUCGGGGAGUGUGUGGACCAGUUUGGCCCUGGGUGUGUUGGGGUGCAGAAGAUUCUCAACGCGCGAUGCCCCCUGCUCCGUUUCGCCCACCAGCCCUCUGGUUUUCAGUGUGACCUCACGGCCAACAACAGGGUGGCGAUAAAGAGCACAGAGCUGCUCUACCUGUACGGAGAGCUGGACCCACGGGUGCGUCACCUGGUAUUCACUGUGCGCUGUUGGGCCCGAACUCAUGGCAUCACCAGCAGCAUCCCCGGAGCCUGGAUCAGCAAUUUCUCCCUUACCGUCAUGGUGCUCUUCUUCCUGCAGAGGAGGAGCCCUCCCAUCAUCCCCACCCUGGACCACCUAAAGGAUCUCGCAGGUCCCGCGGACAAGAGCGUGAUUGAGGGGAACGACUGCACGUUUGUCAGCGACUUCAGCAAGAUCCAGCUCGAGAGCAACACAGAAACACUAGAGCAACUGCUGCAUGAAUUCUUUGAGUUCUACGCCACCUUUCCGUUCAGCAAGAUGUCCAUAAAUAUCAGAAAGGGCAAAGAGCAGAACAAGCCAGAGGUUGCCCCGCUGCAUAUCCAGAACCCAUUCGAAAUCUCUCUCAACGUCAGCAAGAACGUCAAUGCCACACAGCUCGAACGCUUUGUGGCUUUGUGUCAGGAGAGCUCCUGGCUGCUCCAGCAGAGUGAAACCAGUACACCCAGAGGUUAUAAAGAAGGCAGCACUCCCACCACUUGGGGACUUGCUACCCUCCUCCUGCCCUCACAGGUUGCAGGGAUCAAAGGUCGCAAGAAAAGGAGACUUGAGCCGGCCAGUGUGAGGAUCAAGGGCCUGCUGGAAUCCUUAAAAAAUAAUCAGAAUCCCCCAAAGAAGAGCUAAGACUCUUAGCAGACCACAUAAACAGACUCCAUCCUUUUACUAUUUAACUCAUUCAUUGGUGGACACCUUUUGGUGUUAUUGUCUGAUGCCUCACUGAGGAGCAGCUUCUGCACUGGACUGUAGUUCCGCACUUGGACACUAGAGGGUGUUACUGAGGCCUGUGUGUGCAUUUGUUUGGGACCUAAAAUAAGGGAGUGAUUCAGUGUUCUAUACUGUAAAUUAGUCUACUCUGUUGUAAUUAAAGCCAAUUAUGUGGAAACUGUCACAAGUCCUACUGGAGGCUCAUGUGGGACUUCACAGGUUCUUUCCAUUCAAAUUCUGUUGUACAUGGAUAUUAUAAUUCACACUGAACCAACAUCAUCUGUUUACACCUCAAGCAAAAUCACUAUUGAUAUAUGUUUUGUAUUCAUGUUAUAUAAUACAUACAGGAUAAUUAUUAUUUUUAUUUAUUAUUAUUAUGGCACCUCAAAUCUGACAAAAGGCAGUAAAACAGUAUCGGACACAUCCAAAAUAUAACUACAUAAAAAUACUUUAAUACUAUUAAAUAGUACAGAAGUGUAGAAAUGUGAAGAAAGAGAAAAUCUUUUUUUAUCGUUUUACCUACAAUAAAUGAAUAGAAUUAAAAUAAAGCCUUAUUUUUUAAACUCUUCCAUUUCUUUGACAACUCAUUUUAUUA